AUGACAAAGCUCAUCGCUGCGUUGUUUCUUUACUUUCUCCCGAUAUGUAUCGCUGCUAGCAAGUGCUACUAUCCCAAUGGUAUCGAGGCCAAUGAUUUUCCUUGCGACCCAGGUGCCGAUGAGAGCACAUGCUGUGGAGGAGGUUUAGGCACGGUAUGUCUGUCCAAUAAGCUGUACAUUGGAACAGACGGAAACACCUUGAGAGGCUCGUGUACAGAUAAGAACUGGGCGUCGCCCGAGUGUGCUAUGUAUUGUUUGGAGGAUGGUGUCGGGGCUGUGCUGGUUAUGACAGUCGUAUAUAUUCUGUGGAGGAUACGCAAGAAUAAGAAGGCUACCGAGAAAGAGAAGCAAUUACCACCCACAUAUUAUGGACCAGGUACCGAUACCUCUUGGCAACAACAUCAUUAUGCGCUUGGCGUAAAGGAGUUCACGCCUCAACCGCUACAGGAACUUCACGGACAGGCGUUGCAAGGUUAUAAUGUAAGGGCAGAACUACCAGCACAUAAUUGA